CAGGGCAAAACCAGUAUGGUCUAUGAAGCUGUUAGGGAUGAAGAUGGAAAUCUGACUGCGACUAGAAAGGACAUAGCUAAUUUAAGCUUACGAAUUAACUCUUUUGAGGAAACUGCUUCAAUGGAGGCAUUGAUAAUUGGCAUGGAAGAAAGAGGAUAUACA